UCGUUAUAACAGCUACUACUUUCACUAAUAUAUUACAACAGAAACUGAUGGAAGUUUCUUCUCUGGAACCGAAUUGGGGGUGGGGGUGGAGCUGGGAGGUAUCCCUGUGCUUUGUCAUUUCCUACCCGAUUCUUUCCCCUUCACCACCACCACCAUCACCAUGACAUCCUGAAACAAAAGACACCAAAACCCAGUGAUUCAACUAACAUGCAAUGUAUUACGUGCAGAAUAGUUACCAAAACCAAGAUAUAGUUCACAAGUUUACUCUUUAUUAAGAAAGUUUACAAUCUAUUGAACCAAGAAUUAUCUCAGAUUAGUUUAACCCCAAAGAGAAUUCUUCCUUAUUCUCCGUCCAUACUUAAACUGAGUAAUUUCCCUAAAGAGAGUGAGUCUUACAGAAGUGAAGGAAAAGACUUAGAUACUGUGAGAGCUAGGCUCUCCUUGGAAGUGCCUUCUUUGUUUUGUUUUAUGCUGAUGUUGUUUUAAUAAAACUGAAAGGAAAAAUUGGUACUAGUGAGCCCUCAGUUACUAGGGGUAUAUUCUAUGACUGCUUAGUCUUUAAUUAUUUAAAGAUGUCCUAACACCACCCUACCCAAAGCAAUACAAGGCCUUAUCGUUCCUAGUUCAUUCUCUUUUUGCCUUCAAAUCAAUACAGAGCACUGAAAAAAUAUGAAAUAUUUUGAGACUCUCAUUUUCAUUUAUGCCUUCUCCCUCUCUAAGCUUGUUUCUAACUAGGGAAGAGGUCUAGAAAUCUAAAUGUGCAAAGGCUGAUAGAAGCAGCAAUUAGAGAAACAAAGAAUAAAAGGGAUAGGGCAAGGAGAUCCCCUGCCAAAAGAUCUGAACUCCAGAAGUUAUCUAUUUUCUUCCCCCAGAUUUCCAAUGAACCUGAUUUUCUGAACAGAACAGGGAGCAAAGACCUGGAAGGUGGAAAAGUGGGAUGUGAGUAGGACACUCAGGUGAUACUCUGAGAGCCUGUAUCAUGUUCCCUUAAAGUACUUCUUCCCUGUGCUUUGUGCAUAUACCUGCUUCCUCAGAAGCAGGAGGAGGAGAAGAAGUCAGAGACUCCUCAGCUCCGUAAACCUUUAAUUUCAUAUCUCACCUACAACCAUUUGCUAGAGCAGAUAACUUAAACUCAAUAUGCCUACCUUUCAUUCCUUCAGCAAAUAAUUAUUGUUGAAUACUUCAUAUGCAGAACUGUGAGACUUUCUUUAAAGCAAAUAAUGAAAUAUAUAACAAUUAAUUGGUUAAUUAUAGUUAUGAUCACAUUUGAACCUUUCAUAAUCUGAGGUAGGCUUUAUUAUUCCCAUUUUAAAGAUGAGGUAACUGAGCCUGAGAACAUUUAAGUAACUUGCGCAAGGCCAUACAACUAACUGAAAGAAAUAAAAGUUGAACUUUAGUCUUAGCAUUCUAGCCAUUAUAUCACCCAAAAUCACUGCCAUUAAGGAACAUAACAAAACUAAAUUAUUAAAUCCUUAAAAAGAAAUUUGGACAAUAAAUACUGUACUGCAGAGGAGAGUAUUCUAGCCUCAAGUGGGAAAGGCCUUAAACCUAAUUGUAAAUAUUCUACACUGAAAAAAAAACCUCCAAGUAAGAGAUAGAGAAAAUCAGUUUUUAAAAAAUCAGUUUCAAUUUACUCCAUGUCAUGUUGGGCAAGUCAGUCUUAUAUUCCUCACCUAUAAUAUGAAGGAACUGGACUAGAUGAUCUCCUAAAUCUAGCCCACAAGUUGGGCCUUAAAAGAUGAGUAGAGUCAAGAGAAAAUAAUAAACAAGAAAAACAAUUAUGGACUAUUAGCACUAUAAAGAACCUUAGAGAUCUAGUUCAGGUUUCUCAUCUUACUGAGAAGGAAAAGGAGGUCCAGGCAAGACAACAUGCCUAGCAAGUAGCAAAGCCAGCCAAAAUACCAGUUUCUUGGUUCUAGUGUAAGCCUCUUUUCAGGAAAAGGAAGGAAUAAGCAGGAUGGAUUGUCACUGUUUGACACAGAGAAUUAAUAUGAGAUAAUGGUGGGAGAAAGUUGAUUAGUUUAUGGACAGAUAGUUAUUUUUCAUAUAUAAGGGGGAGGGAGAAAAGGGAACAUGGAUCUAUUAAGCGCAUGCUAUGUGCUAAGCUCUCUACUAAACACUUUACAAAUAUCUCAUUUUACAUAUAUAAUAUGUGUGUGUGUAUGUGUGUGUGUGUUAUGUGGGCCCAAGGAGGAAACAGGCCCAGACUGUUUUAUCUUUCUACAGGAGCUAAAGACAAGAAAGAGGAAUAAUAUCCAAUGGGAGAAGGACUUCCAGAAAAGCAAUAUGAUUGGAUAUUAUCUGAGGCCCAUCUUGGAAAUGAGGAAUCUUAUAUGUUACCUUCAGCUAGCUUAGCCAAAUUCCCGUUCCAAAGGCCAGAAGCUGAAAAACUUCAAGGGAUUCCCUCACAUCAGACUAUUGGGGUUAUUUUGAAGAAGAGAUGGAACCAAACUAGCUCUUGGGAAAAAAAAUUGAAACCUCUUCUCCUCAGUCCCUUUCCACAAGUAUCUAUUCCUCAGGGAACUCCCUAUCUCUGUCCUGACUGUGGAAAAAACUUUUGUCUGAAGUCCAACCUUUUGACCCACCAACAAACGCACAGUGGAAGGAAACUAUAUCAUAGUCCUCAAUGUGGGGACAGUUUUGGGAAGUAUACCAGCCUGCCCAUCCUUCAGAAGGACCACAUUGGGGAAAGGUCUCAUACUUGCCCAGAGUGUGGAAGAUGCUUCAACGAUGCUACCAAUCUUAAUACUCACCUUAGGGUUCAUACAGGAGAGAAGCCCUAUCAAUGCCCUGUGUGUGGGAAAAGCUUUAGCCAGAGCUCUGGUCUCACCCAGCACCAGAGAACCCACACUGGUGAAAAACCUUAUACAUGUCCUGAGUGUGGCAAAGGGUUCCGCCAGAGCUCAGAUCUUGUGGAACAUCAUCGUACUCACAGUGGUGAGAAGCGUUACACCUGUGGGGACUGUGGCCAGAGCUUUGCUAGACCCUCUAAUCUGGUCCAUCAUCAGCGUACCCAUGCUUCUGAGAGGGUUUUCUGUUGUCAAGAAUGUGGAAAGAGCUUCCAACAUAGCACCAGCCUAAGUUGCCACCAGAAAACUCAUACUGGAGAAAAACCUUAUAAAUGUUCUGAAUGUGGGGUCAAUUUCAGCCAGAGUUCCAACCUCUUGACCCAUCAAAGGAGUCAUACACUAGAGAAACCACACAGAUGCUCAGACUGUGGAAGGAGUUUCAACCGGGCUUCUAACCUCCUCCAGCACCAACAGACCCAUGGUCCAGACAGACCCUAUAAAUGCCCAUAUUGUGAGAAAGCCUUUAGCCGAAGCUCCAACCUCAUCACUCAUCAGAGUACCCACACGGGAGAGAAACCAUAUAAAUGUCAACAAUGUGGGAAAGACUUCAGAUCUGGUUCCAACCUGAUUCAGCAUCAGGAAACCCACAUGGAAGGCAAAUCCUAAAAAAAAAAGAUCCAGAAAGAAAUAGGUAGCAACAGGGAAGGGGAAGUUAAGGGAAAUAUCUGUGUUGUCAAAGAAAAAUCUAUGUUAUAUUUAAAUGAACCAGCAGUGAAAGUGAGAGAACCAUUGCUGAAGGAAAGGAAAAAGUCCUGAGAAUUUGGGAGAACCCAAAUCAUUGGCUUACAGGAACCUGGAAAAAGUUUGGGGACAGAAGAUGUAAAAAUAAUGUCCUAUUUCUACAUUCUGUGACCUGAGUACAACAUAAGAGUUCUAUAGGAAAAAUUUGUGGGUUUUUUUUUUUUAAUGACUUUUUGAUCUAGAUGAGAAAUGAAACUUUGUUGUACUCAGGUCUAGAAGAAGAACCACACCUAGCUACUCUAGCUUCUGACCCUGCCUAAAAUAUCCCCAAGAAUAUUAUGUAAUGACAUAGAAAGUACCUUUUCCCUACUACAAAGUUGGAAGGAUCUUAAGAGAUCUGGCCUCCCUCAUUUCUUUCAGGAGACCAGGCUGAUUCUAAGAGCAUUCUAAAAAAUACAGUUCAAUUCCAGAACAGGUUUUCCUUAAAAUCAUUCAAAAUCUCUAAGUUGGGCUCAUAUGUGACCCAAAGACUCAUCCUUUCUGAAUCAGUGCAAUUCCAUGUAAGGUUGAUUGGACUUUUGGUUCCAGUUAAUAGGAUAAGUAGUAUGAAUCCCUUUGUAGCCUCUGAAACAGGCCAUUUAAGUCUCAAAUGAACCAGUCUAUAAAUUGGUAGCUGGUUAUAAUUAAGUGGGGAUAUGUGACACAGUCCUUUUCUCAUAUUAUUGCCUCUUGAGACCAAAACUACUUGCAUUCCCAUUGGAAAAUGAAUCUUGGGCACUUUAGGAUAUGAAAUUGGGAACUUUAUUCAGUUUGUACCUACUAUGUGCAGGACACUGAGGAAAGAGGAGGAUACUAUCCCUCAUUUCUCAGGGAAUUUGCAAUUUUAAAGACUAGAUUGUAGACUGUGCUUAUGUGAAGUGACUGAACAGUUGUGCAUCAAAUGCUUAUAGACAACUAAACUAACUGGGAUGUAGCCAGAAGGAAAGCAGACCAGAAGCUUAAGACUCUGGGCUUAAUUCAGGACUUAAAAAGAAAUCACCCUGAAUUUUAUCUCAGUUUCUUUUGCAGCAUAGUUGACCUUUGAGAGAUGAAUUUUAAGAUUUUUCUGACACAAAAACAUCGUCUGGAGCUUGAUAAUAACUGGC